UCCUCGGCAACAUCACGGAAUUAGCCGCUCUUUUGGUUGUUAAGAAGAUUAUAAUAUACGCAUUUAAGUUUGUUUGCUUUGCUGCCACUGUUCUCUGAUAAUAGGAGGUCAUUUUAAUUCUUGACAUUUCUGCCAAACAUCGACACAAAAGAGGAAUGUUAAGCAAGUAGCAGCAAAACGAAUAUUUUACUGCUUCCCAAGCAGAGCUAGCUCGAAGAAACAUUUUUCCUCUAUUCUCUUUGUUGGGAAAUUGACAAUGACAACCCUGACAAGACAAGACCUUAACUUUGGACAAGUGGUUGCUGAUAUUUUGUGCGAGUUCCUGGAAGUCGCAAUUCAUCUCAUCCUGUAUGUGCGUGAAGUCUAUCCCUCUGGAAUCUUUCAGAAGAGGAAGAAAUACAACGUACCAGUGCAGAUGUCCUGUCACCCUGAGCUGAAUCAGUACAUCCAAGACACUUUACAUUGUGUGAAGCCACUCAUCGAGAAGAACGAUGCAGAGAAGGUGGUCGUGGUCAUCAUGGACAAAGAGCAUCAUCCGGUCGAGAGAUUUGUGUUUGAGAUCUCCCAACCUCCUCUGCUCUCAAUCAGCUCAGACACUUUGUUGUCGCACGUGGAGCAGCUGCUGAGAGCGUUCAUCCUGAAGAUCAGCGUGUGUGACGCUGUUUUGAACAACAACCCCCCAGGUUGUUCUUUCACAGUGCUUGUGCACACCAGAGAUGCUGCUACGCGCAACAUGGAGAAGGUUCAAGUCAUUAAGGAUUUUCCAUGGAUCGUCGCAGACGAGCAGGAAGUUCACAUGAAGGAGCCGAGACUCAUUCCACUGAAGUCCAUGACGUCCGACAUAGUGAAGAUGCAGCUCUAUGUGGAGGAGAGAGCCCAGAAAACGUAGCGAGAGACGACAGGUCGCGCUGUAAAAAGCUCAUGGGUGACGGCUGCACAUCAUAAGCAGAAUAUUCAUCACAGCCUGUGGGUGCAAGAUGAGCAUCUGAAAACAUGGCGUCAGGAAGUGUGAAAUAUACCUGAUGGGAAAUAUCUGAGGUGCUUUCCUUUUGAUGCGUCUGGCAUUGCGAGUCAGACUGAAACACUAGGAUGCCGUUCGCCAAAUCCUAAAUGAAAUAUGCUGUUUGGAAAGGUGAUUUUCUGUGUGAAGUUGUAGCUCCAGUGAGAGUACCAUUAAUACAAUUCAAGAUGUGUUUAUUGUUGUUGUUUUUUUUGUAAAAGUACUGUUUGGUCCUGUCUGACUGUUUAAUGAACAGUUUUUAACUACCUGUUUAUUAAAAAUUACACCAUGAAUUUAUUAUGAUUGACCUGUCAAUCAUACAUUAGUUGGCUUCAAGAAGUGCCUAUGCAUUCAUGUGUUGCCAAAUCAUGAUGUGUUGAAAUGCCAUUGUUCUGAAAUGAUUUACAAUAAAAAAAGCAUUGCAUUCUU